UAUUGUUCCUGGGUUAAAUAGUUCAUAAUUGGUUAUUUGUCGCAGCACACGAAAAAAUAGAAGAAGAACUUGUUAUACAGAAGUACGCUCAACGCGGAUUUUAAAUUUACCCGCUCUUAAUCUUAGUUCCAAGUUCAAAUUCACAACGAAAGUUGGCGUAGGGGUAGGUGCUAGUAGUUGCUUCCUUGUCUAUGGUUGCUUCUGUUCUAUGAGUUGCUUAUGUUUAACCUCAUAUUCUGGGUGUUGUUCCAAGAUAAAAUGGAUCUGAAAAAGUCCAUCACUGAAUUUCGCCAGUUUCAACGCGAUCGUAGAAAUAACAUCUUACUAAAUAGAAAAAUGUUGAAAUUUGAUAAUGUGUGUUACCAACGUGGGGCAAAGCAAAUCAAUGGGGUACUAGUGAGAAUCCGAAUGAGCCUAGGCCCCGAUUUAGGAGUUAUUACCAUGUGCGCUGAGGAUUUUCAGGGCAAUGUAGAACUGACUGAUUUGGCCACUUUCAACGACCAAACAGAAAACAUAACUGAAGUGGUGCUAAUAUUUGAAAAGCAGGAAGGCAUUAAAUUAAGAUUUGAUACAGUGACGCAGAAAGGAGAAGUCGUUGCGUAUCUAAAAAAAUGUUUAAGAAUGAGCAAUCGUUCCACUCCGGAUCCUGGACUGCCCCACUAGGACGGCCCCACUAAUUUCUCCUAAUUUAAUAACAAAUUCAGUUAUAAAUUUAUAAAUCAAUAAAUUGCCU